UCGCGGUGGCGUGAACAUCGCAAGAUUGUUGAACUAGAAACUAGAAAACUCUCGGAAAUACGUGUGUGUGCUGGUGUGUGAUUUUCCUGGGAUUUCCCGCGUUCGGUGGCCGUAAAAAAAGAAAAAAAGCCACAAAUUGGCAACCUUCCCAGACAACUGCCGGAAAUGCGAAAGUGAAAGCGGCCGGCCAAGAAGAGCGGACAGCAAAUCACAAGAGACCCACAAAAAAAAAAAAACAAAAACAACCUGAAGAAGAAAAUAUAUAGUAUGUCAUCCACGCUGAAGACGACCAGCCAAAGUGGCGGCAUGUACGUCAAAACGGCGGAGAUUUCAGGCAAGGAGACGAGCAGUUGCUACGGCGGAUUCAUGUCGCCCCCGCUGAGUGCCAAUAUCACGGCGAAUGGCGGGGAGCGGGACAUUUUCCGGGUGCCGGCGAAGGUGGAAGGCGGCGGAAACUUCAGCUCCGCUGAAAUGCAAUUUCCGGACUUUUCACACCUCUGCUUCGCAGCAGAAACACCGAAUUCGGUAUUCAGCGAUUGCCACACAUACGCUGGACAGGAUCAGUUGCAGGACUCGGAUCAGGAUGAUAUAGUCUGUGCAGCGUCGGGAAAUACAGGAAUGCCUUAUCAGCAGGGACAGUACACCCAACUCAACCGCGAGGACAUUUUCCGCUUCGAGCCGGAGGAUAUUGCUCGACUGACUGGAGAGACCGAAUUGCCGGGGUUACUGCAACCUCCGCAGACUCCCUACACCCCGUACACACCCUACACCCCGUACACACCCUGCAGCGGGCAAAGUAACCAGCUUCCGGUGCAACCGUCGAACGACUCCAUUAAUCUGGAUAUUGAUUACUUUAAUUAUGACGAGAUUAAUUGCCAAUCGAAAAACCAAUCGCCGUGCUCAUCACCGCACCUUGAUGCCUGGCUGAACUUCAAUCUCGGCGAGAUGUCAGCGGGGGCAUCCUCCAGUGGCGCCUCGCCGAAGUUGUGCAACGUGUUCGAGGAGCAGGUCAAAGGGGAAGCCAUCACCACCUCAUCGCCCACGAAACUGCCCUCUAUGAACUCGACCUUCGGCACUCCAAAAUGCAUUCCCAUGUGCGCCAGCAACUACGAGGAUUACGCGAAUCUCUAUCAGGGAUCGGCUUACGCCGCGGAGAACUACCAGAACAACAUGGCGCAGGUUGUGGAGAAGCCGAACAGGGAGCACAAGGCCAUCUGGACCAUCGAUGAACUGGAUGAACUGAUGUUGGGCGAACAGCAGCAGUUCUAUCAGCAACAAUUGCAGCAGCAGCAGCAGCAACAGUUGCAGCAACAUCAGGAGUUGCUGCAACGCCAGCAAAAUCUGAGUUGCAAGUCCGACUUGGUUAGCUAUUUGGCGGAUGAGUUCAUCAAGUCCGAGGAGUUCCGUAACCUGGACAGCGAUGAUGAUGAGAACUACAACGAGGAGGAGGAUGAACUGGACAACGAGGUGUUUGCCCCGCCGGCGGAGAGUGAUCCCAAGCCGGAUUCAACCUGUUGCGAACCGGAGGCGGAAGCCGAGACUGAGGCCAUCCCACUCAUCUGCCGCUGGACGGGAUGCGACGAGGAGUUCCCCCACCAGCAGGCCUUUGUGGAGCAUAUCGAGAAGUGCCACGUGGACGUGCGGAAGGGCGAGGACUUCUCCUGCUUUUGGUUGGAUUGCCCCAGGCGCUACAAACCCUUCAACGCCCGCUACAAACUGCUCAUCCACAUGCGAGUCCACAGCGGUGAAAAACCCAACAAAUGUCCGUUCCCCGGCUGCAAUAAAGCAUUCUCGCGUUUGGAAAAUUUGAAAAUUCAUCAGCGCUCGCACACGGGCGAGCGGCCUUAUGGCUGCCAGUAUAAAGGUUGCCUCAAAGCGUUCAGCAAUAGCUCGGAUCGGGCGAAACAUCAAAGGACCCACUACGAUACGAAACCGUAUGCCUGCCAGCUGCCCGGCUGCACGAAGCGUUACACGGAUCCCUCGAGCCUCCGCAAACAUGUCAAGAACCACGCGCUGCGCAACGCCAAUGGACAGCUGCGCCGCAAAUCUGCCGGCGGCGCCUCAUCCACCUCCACCGCCUCCUCCUCCUCCUCCUCCAUUCCCCCAUCUUCCAGUGCGAGGAAGGCGGCCAAAAGCCGCCGUCACUCUGAAUCGGCCCUGUUGCAGGGGGGCGUGCAGGUGCGGGGGGCAGGGGGAGGUGCAGGUGCAGGGACCGGAGGCGAUCAGCGACAGCAGAGGAGCAAUAGUUGCAGCGAGGCGUUGUUGCAGCCCGAAAGCGACAGGAGGGCAGACCGCAACAAUUGCGGCAACGGUGUUGCAGCUAAUAACAAUUCAAUGAACUUUAAUGAGUUGUCAAAUUGCAUUGUCAUCAUUGAGCACAAUCAGAGUGGAGGUCCUGCAGGAGUAACCGCAACUGCAACGAGAGCAACAACAACUGAAACUUCAGGAACAUAUGGCGGCAAUAUGGCGUCCGCACCGGAAGCGGAUGCGCUGAGCGUUUGCAGCGGCAGCAGCAACAACCAUUACAAUGCGAAUAUUAAUCAAUUAGGCGAACUCGAGCAAUUGCUGACGACGGCGAAGCCUUCGGCUGCUCCGCCAGCUGCUAAUGGAAUUAGCCUGGCCAACAACAGCAACAACAACAGCAACAACAACAUCAACAACAACAAUAACCGGGUAGCCAAUGGUGACAGCAAGUGCCACUUGAGCGAGUUUGUGUCGUUCGAGUACGUGACAAAAUAUCUCGCGGAUGUCUACGAGCCACCCUCCAAAAGUCCUCCUCCGGCUAAUUUCCAUUUGCAGUCCGAGUUCGACAAUAACUUCGACAUGCUGGACUUUGCCCAGUUCAUUUGAUUUAAGCUAGCUUAAGCUGUAGAUUUAAGAUGAGCCCACCUGGAAAAGUCAGCAAUUCAAUGUCCAAAGAUCUCAGUGCCUGAGCCCUUAUAAGAAUGCCUACCACUAGUAAGACACCACCUCUGUAAAUACUUAGCAUUAGCAGUAGUCUAAGUUUAGAACACGCCAAAAGAAACGUUCCUGAAUUUCACUACAGUCCAGUGAUUAGCCGCGUCUUCCCAAUCUUACAUUUAAACUAGAAUAUCCUUGGUUAAGUACUAUUUGUAAUUGCAUUGUUAAAGUUUGUCAACAAGCGCAUUGACCAUAAUAAAUAAUUUAAUUUGCAUACUUUUUUCUUACAAAACUCAUUUGAAUAUUUAAUUCCAUUUGAAUAUUAAUUUUAAUUACUUGACGAAACAUGUAAAUAUAUGAAGUAGAAAAAAUGACAUAAAAAGAUUGUGGACAAAGUUAAUAAAUUGGAUAAAAAAAGA